GAAAUCUCGCGAGAACCCGGCUGUGGGGCGGGGCGGGAGCGGCCGCCAUGGCGCAGCAGCGGGUGCUGCCGCAGAGCAAGGAGACCCUGCUGCAGUCGUACAACAAGCGCCUCAAGGACGAUGUCAAGUCGAUCAUGGACAAUUUCACUGAAAUCAUCAAGACGGCCAAGAUUGAGGAUGAAACUCAAGUCUCUCGAGCAACCCAGGGUGAACAAGAUAACUAUGAGAUGCAUGUCAGAGCGGCAAACAUUGUCCGAGCUGGCGAGUCCCUGAUGAAACUUGUGUCUGACCUGAAGCAGUUCUUGAUCCUCAAUGAUUUCCCCUCUGUGAAUGAAGCUAUCAACCAGCGUAACCAGCAGCUGAAGAGCUUGCAGGAGGAAUGUGACAAGAAGUUGAUUGCACUACGGGAUGAGAUCUCCAUUGACCUGUACGAGCUAGAAGAAGAAUAUUACUCUUCCAGCUACAGUCUGUGUGACAGCAAUGAUCUUCCACUGUGCGAAGCCUACUGGAGACAAGACUUUGCCACGCUGUCCCCCGAAAGCCUCUCCAUGCCUCUGGCCGCUGCCACAGCAGAGCAGAGCGUUGCUGCCUCCCAGAGCUCAACCCCAUCGCACCCCCACGUGAAUGGGCACGGGGCAGGUCCUGCAGAGCAGUCCUGAAGAGGACCUUCUGCUGCCGAACGUGUUCUGCUGUUGGAAGUCUUCCACCUGCUGUAUUGAGCAAGCGUCUCCUCCUGUCAGGAGAAGGCACUGGAGCUGUGUUUGCAGGUUUCUGUGCCCUGGACAGCCACAGUGCUUUCCCCACCCCUGCAACAUUGCCAGGAACGCUCCUCUCCCCUAAGAGAAUGCGAUUUGUAAAUACCAAGUUGAUUGCUCUAACAAGUUAAGAGUUAGGUAUGCUUUUACAUGAUAGUUACAUGUAGAUUUUGUUAGAAAUCGUUUGCUUCUAUGUGAAUUUCAGUAAGUGCAGGCCAGUGGUUUUUGGGGAUAAACUUGAGGCAAAUGGGGGGGGGCAGUGAGUGUUUGGGGUUUUACUUCUGCUUCCCAAGGCUAUUGGCAUUCUGGCUGCUUUAGAGUUCUCUCAGGAUAGAAUCUGACAGCUUCCAUUCUACUUCAUCAGAGUAAGAAUCCUGUAGUAUUGUCUCCCUGCAGUCUUUGCUGUCAGAGCCCCUCAGAUUGGACUUCCUGCUCAGUCAUUCAGGAGGAGGCUCUGGGGAGACCUGUGCCGAAGAGCAGUGUUCUCUCUUUUGACAAGGAAUCAAGCUGAGGUGUUGAUGAUGACACGUGCUCCAGGCCGGAGAUCAAAGCAGCAACACACAUUAGUUAACCUGAUUCCUUUUCCAGUGUUUACACAGAAACUUUCUAUCUCCAGAGCCUGAACUAUUGGGUAGCUGGCAUUUACGCUGGCUCAUGGUUUCGUCUAACGAACCUUGAGAUGACUGGGGUGUUUUGAGCUGUCAGGGGAAUGUGGUGACUCGCAGUUCCCUUCUAAAGCAGCUUUGGUGCUUUGUCUACAACUGCUCAGCAGUGUUGCACGUCUCCUGUCCUUUAUCUUCCCAGCUGUCCUGUGUUGAUGUGAGCAGCACAGCUGGAAGGGGGGUGGCAGGACUGGAACAUUAUGAAGGCGGUGCCAUGCCGCCACAGCUGAGCUUCCCCUGUGUUCUGCUGUAACGUCUCAUUCCGUAGGAUGUGAAUUUCACUUUAAUUUUUGAUUUAUUUUGCUUCCAUUCCAUUUAUUUUUGUAAUUAGGUGGUUUAAUAAAACU